UUUGUGAGGAAGUGGAAACAAGCAAGCGAACUGACGCCUCAUGCAGCUGCGGCAUCUCUCGACGGUGCUUCCGCCCACGGAGGGCAUGUGCAAGGUCACUGCCAUCGCAUGGUCUCCAAACAAUAGACGCCUCGCAGUCGUGACGGUGGAGCGUGUGGUGCACAUGUUCGAUGCCGCUACGGGCGAGCGCAAGGACAAAUUCUCGACCAAACCGGCGGAAAAGGGCGACAAGAACUACCUGGUCAAGGCCCUGGCGUUCUCGCCCGACUCGUCCAAGCUUGCCGUAGCCCAAAGCGACAACAUUGUGUUUAUCUACAAGCUCGGGUUGGACUGGGGCGACAAAAAGUCGAUUUGCAACAAGUUUCUGCAGACAGCCAGUGUCACGAGCAUGGUGUGGCCGACGUCGCACCCGAACGAGAUCGUGUUUGGGCUUAGCGACGGCAAGGUCAAGCUCGGCCAGUUGCGCAGCAACAAGCCGGCCACGUUGUACGCGACGGGGUCGUACGUGAGCACGUUGUGCACGAACGUCGAGGGCACGGCGAUCCUGUCGUCGCACUACGACCACAGCAUCUACCGGUUCAUUUUCGACGACGUCAACGGCGGCAGCAGCCAGACCAAGAUCGCAAUCCACUCGUGCGUUCCGUACGCCUUGUCGUGGGGCGAGGCCAUCGUCGCAGCCGGCAACGACCGAAAGGUCACGUUCUAUGACAAGGACGGGGGCACGGUCCGAUCGUUCGAUUACUCGUCGGACGACAACUGCUGCGGUGAGUUUACGACGUCGGUCUUCAACCCCACAGGCGACAGCUGCGUGGUGGGCAACUUCAACUCGUUCUACGUGUUCAACUACCUCGUUAAGACCGACUCGUGGGAGGCGGUGGGGGUCAAGACGGUCGAAAACCUGUACUCUGUCACAAGUCUCGGGUGGAAGUUUGACGGGUCGCGCCUCGCCGUCGGGUCAGUGUGCGGGGCGCUCGACUUGUACGAUGCAUGCGUGAGACGAUACCGAUACAAGGGCAAGUUUGAGUUUACGUAUGUGAGUUUGAGCCAAGUGAUCGUAAAGCGCAUCGCGACGGGCGCCCGCGUGAUUGUGCGGUCGUCGUUCGGGUGCGAAAUCACAAAGAUCAACGUGUUCCAGGACCGGUUCUUGGUUGCCAACACGAGUAGCACGCUGCUGGUGGGUGAUUUGGACACGGCCAAGCUGAGCGAGGUGCAGUGGCAGUCGACGGGGUCGGAGAAGUACAUGUUUGACAACCCCGCCGUGUGCAUUGUGUACCAGGCGGGCGAACUGUCGCUGAUCGAGUACGGCCAAAGCGAAGUCCUCGGUAGCGUCCGCACCGAGCACUUGAAUUUGCACCUUCUCAGCGUGCGCAUCAACGAACGGCCCGUGCAGAUCGUGCCCACCGACGGCAAGCCGCCCCCGACUCCCCUCGACGACAACAAGAAGAUGGCAUUUCUGCUUGACCUGCAGACCAUCUCGGUCAAGGACAUGCACAACCACACGUCCACGACCAUCAACCACGACUCGCGCGUCGACUGGCUCGAACUCAACGCCCACGCCAACUUGCUGCUGUUUCGAGACAAGCGGCGCCAGCUGCACCUGUUUGACAUGGACACGCAAACCCGCAGCACGUUGUUAAACUACUGUAACUACGUGCAGUGGGUGCCCGAUUCAGACGUGGUCGUAGCCCAAAAUCGUACGAGUUUGUACGUUUGGUACAACAUUCGCAGCCCCGACAAGGCUACGAUUUACCAAAUCAAGGGCGACGUCGAGCAAAUCGAGCGCGGCAACAACCGCACCGAAGUGAUCGUUGACGAAGGCAUGAACACGGCGAGCUACCAGCUGGACGAGUCGCUCAUCAACUUUGGCACGGCCAUCGACGACAUGCAGCUGCUGCGAGCCAUGAGCAUCCUUGAGCCGCUCGAGUUGACUCCUGAGACGGAAGCCAUGUGGACGCAGUUGAGUGCCGAGGCGUUGAAGUGUAACGACCACCGCAUUGCCGAGCGAUGCGUGGCGGCGUUGGGGGAUGUGUGUCGGUGCCGGUACUUGCGCAAAGUGAACAAAGUCGACUGGAUGGAGAAGGGUCGCAUGGGCGAAGGCAUGGUCCAUUGGAAAGUCCGGUCCAAGCUGGCGCAGCUCAAGAACGACUACCGCAGUGCCGAGCACAUUCUGUUGAGCCAAGGCCAAGUGGACGAAGCGAUUGAAAUGUACCAGAUUCUGCACAAGUGGGAAGACGCGAUUCGCGUCGCAGAGGCCAAGAACCACAGCGCCGUCGACACGAUGAAGCGGCAGUACGCCGAGUAUUUGCUCAGCUCUCGCCAGGAAGAAAAGGCGGCGGCGCUCAAGGUCAAAGAGGGCGACGUUGCCGCUGCGGUGCACUUAUACCUCAAGGGGGGUCUGCCGGCCAAGGCAGCGCAGCUCCUCACCGAGCGCAACUUGGGCCGCGACCACAAGGCGAUGCUCGAGAGUGUCGCCGAUGCAUUGUACGCGGCAGGCAUGUUUGAAAAGGCGGGCGAUCAGUUCGAGAAGAUGGACGAGGAGGACCGGGCGUUGGCGGCGUACAUCAAGGCCAACGCGUACCGCAAGGCAGUCGAGUUGAGUCGUCGCGUGUUCCCCGAUCGUGUUAUGAAGCUCGAGGAAAGCUGGGGCGACUACCUCGUCUCUCAAAAACAAAUGGACAUGGCCAUCAACCAUUACAUCGAAGGGAAUGUCCCGACCAAGGCAGUGGAGGCGGCGCUGAACUCGCGGCAAUGGGCCAAAGCAGGCCAGAUGGUCGAAACCCUGGACGACGACAUCGCGCUGCCGUACUACCGCCGCCUCGCGCGGCAUUAUCAAGACGCACAGCAGUUUGAACAGGCCGAGCGGUGCUUCAUCAAGGCCGACGCGGCCAAGGACGCCGUCGAAAUGUACACGCGCGCCAACAAGUGGGAUGCUGCGUAUCAAGUGGCGCUGAAUCACAUGGACAAGUAUGAGACGGAACGGUUGUAUGUUGAGCAAGCGCACCGCAUGGAACGUCAAGGCAAGUUGAAAGAAGCGGAAAAGUUGUUUUUGACUGUGAACGAGCCCGACUUGGCCAUCAACAUGUACAAGAACCACAAAAACUACGAGCAAAUGAUCCGACUCGUGACAAAGUACCGCAAGGAUCUGCUCAAGGACACGCAUUUGUACCUGGCACAGCAACUAGAGCACGAAGGCAACUUCAAAGAAGCCGAACAUCACUUUGCUGAGGCGGGCGAAUGGCAGGCCGCGGUCAACAUGUAUCGUACCAACGACAUGUGGGAUGAAGCUAUUCGCGUCGCCAAGUAUCAUGGAGGUAUCAACGCGUCCAAGCGAGUGGCGUACGCGUGGGCGAUGAGCUUGGGCGGGGAAGCGGGAUCGAAGCUGCUCACUCGACUGGGUUUAAUCGAGCCUGCGAUCGACUAUGCCAUAGAGAGCGGCGCAUUCGAGCACGCGUUCGAACUCGCCCGCAACUGCGCGCCGAAAAAGGUGCCAGAAGUGCACCUCAAGCACGCAUUGUUCUUGGAGGACGAGGAGCGGUUCAAGGAGGCAGAAGAAGAGUUUAUCAAAGCUGUGAAACCCCGCGAAGCCGUCGACAUGUACAUCCACCAGCAGGACUGGCAAAAUGCCAUGCGCGUCGCGGAAACCAACGACCCGGCCAGCGUCUCGGACGUGUUUAUCGCCCAAGCGAGGCUCUGGGUCGAGCGCAAGGAGUUUACUCGCGCCGAGGGGUUCUUUAUCAACGCGGGCAAGCCAGAGCUGGCGCUCGCGGCGUACACGGAAGCCCUCAUGUGGACCGACGCCAUGCGACUAGCAAAGCGGCACUUGCCGCAUAAACUGAGCGAGGUCAACAUGGCCCACCAGCGCGCCAUCUUCUCGGGGGGUGCCAAGACCAAGGAAGAGUUGCUCGAAGCGUGUGAGAUUUGGGUGUCGUGCCAGCAAUACGUGCAAGCGAUCGACGCAUACUUGUCGAUUACAAUCGAGCAGUUGGAUAACCCCACGGGCCUGCAAGAAAUCUGGGGCCUCGCGGUCGAACUCGCGUCCAAGCACGACCGCGGCCGAUACAAGUCGGUGGUGGAGGAGGUGGCGUCGCGGCUGCUGUCCAUGUCCAUGUUCGACGCAGCCGCCGACUACUUUAAAUCCAUCGACAAGAUGAGCGAGGCACUGGACUGCUACCUCCGGACCAACAACUGGGUGGCCGCGCAAAAGAUGUGCGAACAGCACGCGCCGGAACUGUUGCCGCGCCUGGAACGUGCGCAGCAGGCGUCGGCAUUUGGGUCGCCCAGCGAUUCGAAGAAGGAAGAUAAGGCCGGGUCGAGCGCAUCUGGCAAUAGCAAUUCCCACCGCGAAGAUGACUCCAAGGACGCCAAGGGCAGCAGCAGCAUCAUCACCGACGCCAAGGAAAGCGGCGCUUUGUCCGAAGCCAAAGAAAGCGGAAACGCACUUGAAGUGUGGAUGCAGCGCGGCGAAUGGGAUAAGGUGCUCACGUCCGCCGCCAAACACGGCCCAAAGUCGCUGGCCAAGUACCUCGUGGUGCGGUGCUCGCGGCUCGUAGAGCACGACGACGCGGAUGCUGCAGUCAACACGAUCAACCAGUACGGCAUUCCACUGGAAGCGGACGCGCUUGAGAUGGUGCAAGUGGUCGUGAAGAAGAGUCUCGGGUGCGCGGUCGCGGUCGAGUCAACUCCAGAGCACGCCGCGGCGGUGGCCACGAUCGUCAAGUGCCUGCGCAAGUUGAUCAAGGAGCUCAAGGCGGCCAAGGACAUGGGCACCGUAGCCAAGAUGGAGCAGUUCCUCCUCAUCGCGCACUACUGCUCGUUCAAGUACGCCGCCCAAGCGGCUGGCCUGCCAGACAUUGCAUGCAAGAUCUCCAUGUCGCUACUCCGGUUCAUCGGCACACUGCCCGCGGACAAGAUGUUCUACUUAGCCGGAGCUGCUUGCCGCGAAAAGAAGUGGCUCAGCCCUGCGUUUGUGUUUUUUAACCGGUAUUUGGAUCUGACGGAAGCGAUCGACGACGGCACGACCAACAACCUGGACAAUUCAGACUUUUUGGGCACGGAUAUUCCGUCGCCAAGGGACUUUAACGUGCCCGAGGACCAGUACCUCCCCGACGACAGCGCUCGGGAAGAGAUCCGCGACUGGGUGCUCACCAUCUCCAUGGACCAGCAAGUGCAGGAGAAACUCCCCGAGAAACCAUGCCCCAACUGCCAAGCGUCCAUCUACGAAGGCAAUCUCCAGUGCGCAGAAUGCAAGACCAAGUUUGAGUCGUGCAUCAUCACUGGGUUUCCCGUCGGCGCCAAGACCACCGUACAUUGCACCAACUGCAAAGUCAUCGCCGACAGAGAGAGCUGGAACAAGUGGAUCAAACAGUUUGGGUCGUGUGGGUGGUGCUCGGCGCCGCAAAAGAUGAGUUAUUAAAGCGAACACAACCAGCAGCAGCAGCAGCAAUCCUACCCUACGUCGAGAUCCGACAUCCUGCGUCUCCUAUCGACCUCCCCUUCAUCCUUAAAGUCUAUAACACGUACAUCAUCUGCAUCGUCUACCCA